GACCGUGUUGGCGUGAGAGCAGAGCCCCUGGGAGGUCCUCGGAGCCAUGGAGAUACCUCGACAGACAGAGAUGGUGGAGCUAGUGCCAAACGGCAAACACUUGGAGGGACUGCUACCAGUGGGCAUGUCCACAACAGACACUCAGAGAGCUGAAGACCCCCAGCACUGUGCCGAGGGCAAGGGCUUCCUUCAGAAAAACUCCAGCAGUGAGACACACUUCACCGAUUUCGAGGGGAAGACAUCGUUUGGGAUGUCCGUGUUCAAUCUCAGCAAUGCCAUCAUGGGCAGCGGCAUCCUGGGGCUCGCCUACGCCAUGGCCAAUACGGGCAUCAUCCUUUUCCUGUUCCUCCUGACAGCUGUUGCCUUGCUGUCUAGCUACUCCAUUCACCUGCUCCUCAAGUCCUCAGGGAUCGUGGGCAUCCGUGCCUACGAACAGCUGGGCUACCGUGCCUUUGGGACCCCAGGGAAGCUGGCGGCGGCCCUGGCCAUCACACUGCAGAACAUUGGAGCCAUGUCCAGCUACCUGUACAUCAUCAAGUCUGAGUUGCCUCUUGUCAUACAGACCUUCCUGAAUCUGGAGAAGCCGAGCCCGGUGUGGUACAUGGAUGGCAACUACCUUGUGAUUCUGGUGUCUGUCACCAUCAUUCUGCCCCUAGCUCUAAUGCGGCAGCUCGGCUACCUAGGCUAUUCCAGUGGCUUCUCCCUCAGCUGCAUGGUGUUCUUCUUGAUCGCAGUCAUCUACAAGAAGUUCCAAGUUCCCUGCCCAUUGCACAUCUUGGUCAAUGCCACAGGCAACUCCAGCCACAUGGUGGUGUUGGAGGAGAAGGCGCAGCUGCAGGAUGAGCCUGAGGCUGCGGCCUUCUGUACCCCAAAAUACUUCACACUAAACUCACAGACAGCGUACACCAUCCCCAUCAUGGCUUUUGCCUUCGUCUGCCACCCCGAGGUGCUGCCUAUAUACACAGAGCUCAAAGAACCCUCGAAGCAGAAGAUGCAGCACAUCUCCAACCUGUCUAUUGCUGUCAUGUAUGUCAUGUACUUCCUGGCUGCCCUCUUCGGCUACCUCACCUUCUACGACAGGGUGGAGUCGGAGCUGCUGCACACCUACAACAAGGUGGACGCGUUUGAUGUGCUGAUCUUGUGUGUGCGCGUGGCCGUGCUGAUAGCAGUCACACUUACGGUUCCAAUCGUUCUGUUCCCGGUACGACGCGCCAUCCAGCAGAUGCUGUUCCAGAACCAGGAGUUCAGCUGGUUGCGGCACGUGCUCAUCGCCACUGGCCUGCUCACUUGCAUCAACCUGCUGGUUAUCUUCGCCCCCAACAUCUUGGGCAUCUUUGGAAUCAUUGGUGCCACAUCUGCUCCGUGCCUCAUCUUCAUCUUUCCCGCCAUCUUCUACUUCCGAAUCAUGCCCACUGAGAAGGAGCCUGCAAGAUCCACCCCUAAAAUCCUGGCCCUUUGUUUUGCUGUGGUUGGCUUCUUGUUGAUGACCAUGAGCUUGAGUUUCAUCAUCACUGACUGGGCCUCCGGGACCAACCAGCACGGUGGAAACCAUUAGGAGGACUUAGGUCUUGUUCUGUCUAUUCAUCCCAGCACCCCGCCCUCACUCUCCAGCCCAGGGGCUCUUACGGGGAGAAAGACAGGGGAGAGACACUGUAAAUACUACGGCAUUUGGCUCCACCCAUAUCCUCUCCGUUGGAAGGUUUUUGUUGAAGAGCCAGGACCAAGGCCCUUGGACCACCCCCCUGCUGGGCUCCAGAGCUGCAGGGGCUUCCUGAGCUAGGAACAGGGUGGGGCUGUUGCCUCAGAUCCCACCAAAACCCUCCACCCUCCUCCCACAGCUGUGUACACUGAGGCCCAGCAGCCCCCUCCUGAGGUCACACAGGCUGUAGGGCACACAGAGCCAGAACCCAGGCCUGAAGACAUCCCCCAGGCCUGCUGGGGAGCCGCAGUCUGCACCCAGAGGGCUCGGCUCCCCCAGCCUGCUGAUCUCACAGCCCCCUUUCCAACACUUGGGCCCCAAAUCUAGCAUACUCUUGUCCUCUUCUCGCAUCUCCUUCACGGAAGGAGCCCCUAUCCUACCCCAUAUCUGGGGUCUGCAGGUUCUGCUGAGGAUGGUAUGCACCCCAAGAGAUCCCUGCUGUGGACCUUUACCAGUCCUGGGGAGGCUGGGACUCCCACACCUCAAACCUGGGCCAUGACUUACAUUCCGCUCCUGGGAGAAGAGAGGCUGGGCCCAGAGUAUCCUGGCCCUGGGAGUCAAAGACCCCAGGAGCCAGACUGGCACAGAGGUGGGGAGGCUGGCCUUUUAUAAAUACUAUACAUAAGA